AUGAUAAAACUUUUCUAUCAAAAUCAAAGUUCGAUAACUCAAACAUUGCGCUCGUCACGUCCUUUUUACGGCCGACCUAGUGGCCCUUCAAAGUCAACUCUCCAACGUUUGGUAGCAAAAUUUGAGACAACAGGUUCGGUAAACGAUCAAAUAACACCAGUACGUCAAAGAACCUCCAGAUCGGCCGAUAACAUCGCCGCGGUACGUGAAAGUGUGCAGGAGAACCCGGGGCAAUCAAUUCCUCGCCAUGCACAAGAACUCGGUCUUUCAAAGUCUUCGACUUGGCAAAUUUUGGGCCGGGACUUGGGCUUACACCCGUAA